AUGGAGAGAGAAGAGUCGAUCGCUGAAGAGAUAUCCGACGUGCCAGUUGCUGGUGGUGCCUCCGCACAUGGCAACACUGUCGAAAACAGCAUCCCCCUCGCGAACUUGAGCUGCAGCAGCAGCAGCUGCUUCAGCAGAAGCCGUAGCCGAAGCCACACCCGGAGCCGCAGCAGGAGCCGCAGCAGGAGCCACAGCAGGAGCCGCAGCAGGAGCUGCAGCGGGAACCGCAGUAGAAGCAGCAGCUGUAGUUCUGUAGGCAGCAGCUGCCCCUCGAUUUCAGACCCUAGCAGCGCAGACGAAGCGGAAGAUCAUCAAGCCGAAGGAAGGGAAGACAGCAGCAGCUACUCUCUGUCUCCUCUCCCCAUCACUUCUACGUCGGCUGCACCACAAAUCCUCUUCGGAGGCUGCGGCAGCACAAUGGAGAGCUGCAGCAAGGAGCGAGAAGAACCUCAUUUUGGCGCUCUGCAGUUUGAAUUCAGGUGGCAGCAAACGCUGGUCCCCGCUGCUGCCCUUCGCUCUCUCUGCUGCAGCGGGGACACUGGGGCUGUGUGCAGCUGCAGCAACUGCAGCAGCUGCGCAGCAAGACGCAGACAGAUAGCCAAGCAACGCCGUGGCCGAGGGCAGUCGCGUGUUCGGGGGAGCCAAUCCACUGCAGCCGCAGCGCCGAAGACGGUUGCUGCAGCAGCAGCCGCUGCAGCAGCUGAUUGGGAGCUGCUCAAUGAGCAGGCAGCAGCAGCAGACGAUUCUCGCUGCUGCCGCGUCCCGUUCGUCCUCAGGCGGCGGCGCAGUAAGCUUCCGCAGGAGCGGCUAGAGGCUGAGCUGCAGCAAGCGCUGCUGCUGCUGCACGGGAUUCCUUUUUGUAACCUCCCGUUGCAGCUGCAUGCUUGCUGCCCAGAUGUGACAGAUACUCUUCAAGACCUGCUGGUCUAUCCCUGCUGCGGCGGAGGCACAAGGAAGCAAGGAAGAAGCAGCAGCAGCGGCCGCGCGCUGACAAGAGUGCCGCCGCAGGUGACUGUCAGCAGCGGCCCCGCAAUCUCUCUGAGCCUUCGGUGUCCAGGACUACGGGUUGGGUCCUUCACGAAAUCCAGCAGCAGCAGGGACAGCAGCAGCAGCAAAAGCAGCAGUGGCUGCAACUGUUGCUUUGGCGAUGCUGCGGUGCCUGAUCUCAGAGCCCUCACCAGCGGCAACAGCAGUAUCCGAGCUGCUGGAGCACUUUGUCCAGCGGUUUCAGCAGCAGCAGGUGCUGCUAUAGCGGGCUGUGCUGCGACAGGCGGUGCUAAAACACCUGCUGCAGCAACGUGUGCUGCUGCUGGUGAUACUUGCGCGUUGUGCUUAUCGUCAUUUCAAGAUAAAGAUAGGGCUUUGUCCUGCCCGCAGUGCGGAGUGUACGUACACCUCACCUGCGCAGGCCGUUUUGCGCUGCAGCAGGAAUCUGAAGCAAGAAAGCAGCAGCAGCUUGCAGAAACAGCGUCGAAAGCACCUGAUGGAGCUACUCAAGCAGCAGCAACUGAUGAUGAUGACGAUGAGCAUUAUCGGCUGGUCCCCGCCUACUGGUGGUGCUGUUCCUGCAGUCGCAGAGUGUUUUGGGGCUUCAUUUUAAACCACCUAUUUGAAAGACGCAGCAGGAGCCCUUCACAGACAGAAGCAGCGGCGGCAGUAGCGGCAGCACAAGCUACCAGUACUGUUGACAAUGAAACUGCGGCCUGCGUAGGGCAGAUUCCGUACGACGGCUCAGUGACAGAGCCAUCUCGUGCCGCUGUUGCUGCUGGUGCAGCAGAGGCAGCAGAGAGCACUCCGAGCAAUGCGGCAGCAGCCGCUACUUGUCAAAGUGCUGGUGAUCCCCCAGCAAAGCGAAAGGCAUCACAGGCUAUGGCGGGAUGUGCCGGUGCUGGUGCAGCUGCUGCAGCUGCUGUUGUUGAAGGCGCACACUUCAAGCGAUGCAGGGAAGAAAACGCUUCCUUCUCGCAGAAAGAGGGAGUACCGCCGCCGGCUUCCCUUUCUGCUGGCGCCUCCAUAUGCACCAGCAACAGCAACGGCGAACGCAGCAGCUUGCUUUUCAUUCCUCCAUUGCUAGAGCGGCUGCGGCUACAGAGCUCGCAAAGCCAGCCAAAUAAGUAA